AUGAUAAUCAUGAACAAUACACCAUAAAGAUAAAAAACUUAAGAUUCUGAUUUAAUAGAUUAACUUUAAAUAAUUGAAGAUUCUAAUUUUAAAGAAAAUUAAGUUGAAUACUAAAAUAAUCUUAAAAUUAGAAACGUAGAACUAUAAUAACUCAGAUAAAAAAGUAUUAAAACUCCAACUUUAUUUAUAUCAACUUAAACAUAAUUUUAAUCAUCAUAAUAAAUUAGCUCUAAAAGAGGAUCUUUAGCUGAAUUGCAUUCUAAUUUACCAUCUACUUAAACAUAUUUAGGUUAAAUGUAAAAUAGAAAAAAAAGAGAACCUCCAUCUUUAAAAUUAAAUGAAUAGUAAUAAAUAAAAAGAUAUGAAUCUUUGGUGAAUUUGAUUUAACAACCAACUAAUAGAAACUAUAUAAAAUCAUAAAAUGAUUAUACUACUAGAAAUAAAGACAAUAUUAAUUUUAAUUCCUAAUAAGUUUAAAUUCAAUAACUAAUAAAAACAUUAGGAAGCAGAAGAUAUUGA